AUGUCGACGCCGACGACUGCAACCGCUACGUUGCCUCACUACAGCCCACACCAUUUCCGCUAUUCCCACCACUCGCAUCCGCAUCAGUCAUAUCCCCAGCCAAAUUCAUCGUCGUACCGGCCUCCGAACUCAAUCCUCCCUCCGGCCUCCCGCCUGGCAUACCCGUCUCCCAGCUACUCCUCCGCUGCGAGCCACGCAUCGGCAAAUGGAGUAGCCCCCUUGGCCCUGGACCAUAGCAGAUUUGUCCCGCACGAGGCGACAGAUUGCCCUUCUCGCCUCGAACACCUCUACACAACCAUGCCUGCAGGCUCCCUGGCCCAGCCUGCGACGGAGCCACAGCCCCCUCGCAAGCGGAGGCGAUCGAGGGAACCGGACUGGAAAACCUUCUAUAAGAACGGCUUGCCCAAGGAAAUCAUCGUGAUUGACGAUACCCCAGAGCCAGAGCAAACAAGUACAGUGGCCGCCUCUGCGCAGACGCUGGCUAACGGACAUGUUGCAAAUGGCUCUUCGACCAAAAAGCGGAAACGGGACGAUGAGCCGACACCCUACGACCCGGUCCAUCACAGCGCCGCUCUCGGCUCGCACACACCGAGCAAGUCCACUGCAGCGAGCGACCGCACAAAUUCGGCCAUCCACACAACGGCAGCGACAUCUCUGGGAUCCUUGUCGUCAAAUGGCCAGUACGAUUACGAAAUACAACCAGGCAACAAAAGGAAGAGGACGACUCGGCAACAGAUCGCCAACGAAGCGAGGCGGCGAGAGGCCGCGAUAGUCACCGAUGCCCUCGCCCACUACCGACCGCCUCCCUACCCUCCGAAGAAGGCCCGUGAUGUGCACAUCAAGGUCAUACCGGAUCCGCCUCACAGCAAAAAUAUUCGUGUCGACGAUGAUGAUGGUCACUACAUCGUGGUUCCCGACAACGACUUGACGGAUCGAUAUCAAAUGAUCAAGCUGCUCGGACAAGGCACGUUCGGCAAGGUGGUACAAGCACGGGACAAGGUGUCUGACAAGCUCGUCGCCAUCAAGAUCAUUCGAUCCGUGCAAAAGUACCGCGAAGCCAGCAAGAUCGAACUGCGUGUCCUCGAGACCCUUAGAGCCAAUGACGAGGAGAACCGGAACCGCUGCAUCCAUUUCCGCGACUGCUUCGACUACCGCGGCCACAUCUGCAUCGUCAUGGACCUACUUGGCCAGAGCGUGUUUGACUUUUUAAAGAGCAACAGCUUCGUGCCCUUCCCCAACAGCCAGAUUCAGAGCUUUGCCCGUCAGCUCUUUACCAGCGUUGCCUUCCUACACGACCUUAACUUGAUCCAUACGGAUCUGAAGCCGGAAAACAUCCUGCUGUGCCACAAUGAGUAUCAAACCUUCACAUAUAACCGGAAGAUCCCGUCAGCCACCACCACCAACAAUCACCGCCAGGCCAGCCAAAGAAAGGUUCUUUUGGACACCGAGAUUCGAUUGAUCGAUUUCGGGUCGGCUACCUUCCAGGACGAGUACCACUCGUCGGUCGUGUCUACUCGCCAUUAUCGAGCACCCGAAAUCAUCCUCGGUCUUGGGUGGUCUUACCCGUGCGAUAUUUGGAGCAUAGGAUGCAUCUUGGUCGAGUUCUUCACCGGCGAUGCCCUCUUCCAGACGCAUGAUAAUCUCGAGCAUCUGGCCAUGAUGGAAGCUGUGGUUGGCGCCAGGGUGGACACAUCCCUUGUCCAGCAGGUCAACAGGAUGACAAGAAACGGCGGGAAUUCCGCAUCCAAGUAUUUCAAGCGUCUGAAGCUUGACUACCCCACGCCUGAUACGACUCGAGCAUCCAGGAGAUUUGUGAAGGCCAUGAAGAGGCUACCGGAGAUUAUCCCCCCAACCACCAAAUUCCUGGCCCAGUUUCUGGACCUUCUGCAGAAAAUCUUUGUCUACGAUCCUGCGCAACGAAUCACGGCGAAGCAGGCGCUACAGCAUCCAUGGUUCCGCGAGGUUGCGCAUCCCGACGACGGCACCGAAGCUGCUCGGAUUCGUGCCGACAAGCUGAGGCAAGCGCGCGAGCGGGAGCUGACUGGGGCUAGUCACAUCAGUCAUGCUAGUCUUGGCCCCGUCGUGGAGGAGCAGCGGUUGAUACGCAGGUGA